AUGCGUCCAUUCAACAGUCGUCAGUCGCCUCCAGAUCCUCGGCUACAGAAAAGUGCUGGCUCGAUGGAUCCUUCACACUUUGAUGCAUGGCAUAUGGGCAUAUAUACAUAUAUUAUAUGGGUAUCCAUCUGUCAGUUUCUCCUUCUUCGCCAGCAUCAAAAGGAGUUUCUCAAAGAUCUUCUUACCGAAGAUGAGAGUUGGGUCUUCUAUGACUCUAUCGCGCACCGUCCUGUGUGGCUCCCUGGAGGAGAAGACUCGCCAAAGCAAGCCAAAUCGGAGCUCUACCCCAAAAGGUUUCUCCUUUGUUGCUUCUGGGAUUCAAGGGGAAUGCUGUUUUAUGAGCCUCAGCCAUUGCGCCUACAAGGCCACACCGGUUCAAUAUACGUUAGUCAGCUCCAGAGUCUCGCAUAG